UAUCGCUCAGCGGAGUGGAGAUCCCCUACUCCUCUACAUUUGCUGUGUGCGUGCAUGUCGGAUGGGUUGCCUAACCCCCCGGCGGACGACAGAGACAACAAAACGAAACUAUAAAAGCGUUGUCAUAGCAACAAGUACAUAAAGUGCCAAUCAUUAGAAUUUUUACCACAUUUAAAACGCGAAUAAAGAAAAACCAACCGCAGAUAUUUUGUGCUGAGUCGUUAACUAUGGUAGAGGACGAAUUCGAUAACUUCAUGGAGAGAGUGACGAAAGUUGAGCACAUGAUGAAAAUGUUGAAAUCUUCGGACCCGCAAGUAGCAGACCGAGCCCGUCAAAUGGCAGACAUCCUGGUGCGUAGCGAUCAAGUGCCACACAAGCAUCAAUACGGUCUUCUUGAGGAGGGAAGUGACGAACUCCAGUCCAAUCUGUCGUCCAGGGUUGAUCGGACUGUGAUUAACAAGAAAGCCUUCGAGGUAGUGGGGGGAACAAAUAAUCCAACAGAUAUGACAAAAGGUCAGAAAAGAGGGGAAAUGUAUGUACUUAACUGCAAACAACCAUGAGAACACACAUUUUUUAAAUUUAAAAAUACCUUCCCAGAGGACUUCAUGGCUCAAGUAGAAAAGGAUGCUCAGAGAAGGGCCAAGGAUCGCAAGGAAAGAAAACAACGUUCUGAUGAACUCAAAGCAAAAGCAAAUAAAGCCUUUCGAGAAAAAAAAUUUGAGGAAGCAUUAGACUUAUAC